UCUCAGCCGUGGCGCCGCACGCUCUGAUAGCUCCUGCCAGCUCCCGCCAGCUCCGGUCACCUCCACUGAGCCUCCGCCUUGCAUCUCACACGCCUGUCACCCUGCUCCACACGUGGCGCGGAAGACGGGAGAGGAACGAGUGAGAAGACAGGAGGGGAGAAAGGAAAACCAGAAGGGAGCCAAAGAACCGGAGCCGCAGUUUGCCAGUGACCCAGUAUAUCUCCGACAGCAUGCAGCUCCCUGUGCUCUUCCUGCUGUUGGUCACUGCUGGUUGCUGCCUGACCUCCCCGCUGACCCCUGGCCCGUCCUCCUCAAUGGCACCAUCCCCGGCCACGGCCCCCCUGGACGCCUGUGAGGGACAGCCGUGUCUUAACGGCGGCUCCUGUGUCGUUCUGCCCUCGUUGCUGGGAGUGCCUGACGGGCCACCCGACACUCAGGCAUAUGCUUGCAUCUGCUUCACCGGCUUCACCGGCCGCAACUGUGAGUUUUUUGUAGAUCCAUGUGCCAGCAGUCCCUGUAUCCAUGGCAACUGCAGUGAUGUUGGGGGUGUGUACACCUGUGAGUGCAGUGAGGGUUUUGAGGGGGAGAGGUGUGAGCAGCCAUCUUCAAACCUUCCCACGUCCAUCUGGGAGCCUCCUGCCUCUCUCGCCCCAGAGGAUGCAGCACCUGCAACUCCAGCGCCCCCAGCCACACCAACCUCAGUCACGCAGGGUCCCCUGACCACCACUAGCCCUGCCACCACGACAGAGGCCGCACCCACCCUGCAGCUAUGGCAACCCAAGUCUGAACAGCGGGUGGCUGUUGUCCUGUGGGACGAGGAACAGGUGACGAAGGGGUCAGACUGCAGGAGCUUGCUGGCUAAUGAGUCCACGCGAGUGGUCUCUCUGGCUCUGGAGGUAGCCGAGGGCACAGCUGUCAAGAUCCUGGCAAAUGUCAGUUCCACUCCAGUUGUUUGGCGGGUUGGUGAGGAGGCUUAUCAUCAUUGCUCUGUCUCAGAUGGCACUGUGGUCUGGCUCCAGCAGGCCUUGGAUGGACUGGUUCUGACAGACCAGUACCUUCCACUUGGCCACAACUACUUCCUAGGUGUCCUGCGUGAUGGUGGCCCCAAUGGGCCUUUUGUGACAGUACGACUCCACCUCACAGUAAAGGCAAGCAGCUGUGUGGAGCCCGGCAGUGGUUUCAACGACCCAGAGUGCUCUGGGAAGGGGAAGUGUGACACACAGCCCAGUAAGAGUACCUUCUAUUGCGUGUGUGAGCAAGGGUAUUCUGGAAUCUUCUGUGAAGAGUUUGAUGCAUGUCACCAGAAUCCCUGCAAGAAUAAUGGCACGUGCAGUGACCUGAGACAGGGCGACGAAGGCCACAAUUUCACCUGUACCUGUUCACCAGGGUACACUGGUGAGCACUGCGAGGCCCUGGUGGACCACUGCAUUUCGCAGCCUUGCAUGAAUGGAGCCACCUGUACCAGCACUCUGGCUGGACCAAGCUGCAACUGCCCAGAUGGGUACCAAGGAUGGAUGUGUGAGCAGAAGGUGAACCUCUGUGCCUCCUCCCCUUGCCACAACAACGGGAGCUGCUACUCGCAUGACAGUGGCUUUAGCUGCAACUGUGCGCCUGGAUUUACAGGUCCCACCUGUGCACAGCUUGUUGACUUCUGUGCCCUCAACCCCUGUGCUCAUGGCAUCUGUCGCAGUGUAGGGACCAGCUACAGGUGUCUCUGUGUCCCAGGGUACCACGGUCUGUACUGUGAAGAGGAGUACAAUGAGUGUCUGUCAGCACCCUGCCAGAACUAUGGCACCUGCAACGACCUUGUCAAUGGAUAUGAGUGCAUUUGCACUGAACAAUAUGAAGGGAGACACUGUGAAGUGUACAAGGACCCAUGUGUGAAGGUGCACUGUCGAAAUGGAGGAACCUGUGAGACUGUGGGACUCAAUGCUACCUGUGUGUGUCCUCCUGGCUACGUAGGUGAACACUGUGAGGUCGACAUCAAUGAGUGUGACAGCAACCCUUGCCAUCACGGGGGGACGUGCAUCGACCAGUCAAAUGGCUUUGUGUGUCACUGUUUGCAAGGAUGGGUGGGACCGAACUGCGAGAUCCAUUUGCAGUGGAAGGCAGCGCACCCAGAUGACUCUCUGACCAGUAUGCCACGGCACUCGCUCUACAUCAUUAUUGGGGCUCUGUGUGUGGCCUUCAUCCUCAUGCUCAUCAUCCUCAUUGUGGGGAUCUGCCGCAUCAGCCGCAUCGAGUACCAGGGCUCUUCGCGCCACGCCUACCAGGAGUUCUACAACUGCCGGAGCAUCGACAGCGAGUUCAACAAUGCCAUUGCCUCCAUCCGCCAUGCCAGGUUUGGCAAGAAGUCACGGCCUGCCAUGUACGACGCCACACCUAUCGCCUAUGAGGACUAUAGUCCCGAUGACAAGCCCCUUGUCACCCUGAUUAAAACAAAGGAUUUGUAAUAAAAACAAGCAAAGAGACAGCACUCAUACUCCCACUUAGAAUCUCCUUGUUGUCGACAUGCACUCAGUCACCCAUUAAGUAUUUCUUUAGGAAAAAAGGACUAAAGUAAUUCCAUGAAUGAAGGAUAUUAGAAAUAUGAUUUAAGGCUGAGAACCGUAAUGCAUAAUGUAAUAGUAUAUAUACUAUUUGCAUUAAGUUGAUCAGUGGCCAGUAAAAUAACUAUGUAAAGCAGCCACUGCAGGUUAAUAGAAUCAGAUUAGUUUUAUAAAAGGCUUCUGUAAAUUUCCAGAGGGUCUCGGCCCCACAUUUGUAGAUUAAAUUUUAACUGUUGAAUCGAUAGCUCUAUGUUACCAAUCAAAGCAAAUAGAAGUAAUGCCAGAUGUUGUAGUAAUAAGUGCAUAUGUAACAGUGAAAUAAAAUAGAUUAAAACCUGCAAUGGGUUGCCUUAUUGGUGCAUGGGUAGGUUCAAUGGUUUCUGCGUCAUUUUGAAACCUUAGAUAAACUGCUGUUUAUUUAGUGUCUAGUUUUUUUAGUGGUUCGUGCCAUAAUCUUAUUCUCUGGAUAGCGUGUGAUGUCUGGGAAAUUUACAAGGCAAUGUUUUCUGUGGGAGCAAACAGUACUUUUUAGUCAGUUGUUUUUAUUCUUAUUAUGACGCAAUUAAAAACUGAGCUAGCGGUUUUUCACAGUGCUUUAUCGUUCAUCAUUGAGGACAGUGUCUUUGCUUGAAGUGAAGUGAAAGACGAAAAGUCAGCAUGUGGGCCUGCUGUAAAUGUGCUUCGAUGUCCCACGUUACGUUUCCUUUCCGUGUGCAAUCAUGUCCUUCUCAGGACCAGUUCUUCCUAUUUUGUGCUCAGGCCUGACCUGACCUCUUUUUUCUUUUGGGGUCAUCCUACCUUUUUUUUUAAACUUCAUGACUCAUUCUUUGUUGAAUGAUGUAAUAAUAAAGGUCUAAUUGAAAACAGCUAAUGUGUGUUCUUAAAUAAAUGUCCGAGU